UUUUAAACGUCUGGAUAUAAUAUUUCGACAACAAUUUAGAGAAAAAUACUGGAGUACGAUGGACUUGCUUGCUCGCAUGUGCAUAAAACAUAUUAGUACUAUACUAUAAUUGUACUAGCAAAGAACAACGGCACAUGGAUCCACCAUUUCAAUAAGCUUUUCGAUCAGAUCCUUCCUUCAGGUUUAAUUAGUAGCGUUCCUCUCUAGUAAGAGAAAGGAACAGAGCAAGAAGCGUUCGCCAUGGCUGCUCCUGAGCUCCCGGAGGCAGUGGAACCCAAGAAGAAGAGCAACCUCAAGUAUGCCUUCAUCUGCGCCAUCGUCGCAUCCAUGGCGUCCAUCGUCCUCGGCUAUGACAUUGGUGUCAUCAGCGGGGCAUCGCUGUACAUCAAGAAAGACCUCAAGAUCACGGACGCGCAGCUGGAGAUCCUGGUGGGCAUCCUGAGCAUCUACUCGCUGAUCGGCUCCUUCGCCGCGGGCAGGACGUCCGACUGGAUCGGCCGCCGCUUCACGGUGGUCUUCGUCUCGGCCUUCUUCUUCGCGGGCGCCCUGCUGAUGGGCUUCGCGGGCAGCUACGCCAUGCUCAUGUUCGGCCGCUUCGUGGCCGGCAUCGGCGUGGGCUACGCCAUGGUGAUCGCGCCCGUGUACACGGCCGAGAUCUCCCCGGCGUCGGCGCGCGGCUUCCUCACCUCCUUCCCUGAGGUCUUCAUCAACGUCGGCAUCCUCCUCGGCUACGUCUCCAACUACGCCUUCGCGCGCCUCCCGCUCAGCCUCGGCUGGCGCUUCAUGCUCGGCAUCGGUGCGGCGCCGCCCGUGCUGCUCGCCGUCUUGGUGGUCAACAUGCCGGAGUCGCCCCGGUGGCUCGUCAUGAAGGGCCGCCUCGCGGACGCGAGGCUCGUGCUGGAGAAGAUCGCGGACACGCGGGAGGAGGCCGAGGAGCGCCUGGCGGACAUCAAGCUCGCCGCUGGCAUCCCGAGCGACCUCGACGGGGACAUAGUCGUCGUGCCGGCCAUGACGCGAGGCGGCGACGAGGAGAAGAAGGUGUGGAGGGAGCUCAUCGUGUCCCCAACCCCUGCCGUGCGGCGGAUACUGCUCACGGCGCUCGGGAUCCACUUGUUCCACCAGGGUUGCGGCAGCGACAACGUGGUGCUCUACAGCCCGCGCGUGUUCGAGAGCGCCGGCAUCACGGGCGACGACCAGCUCCUGGCGGCCACAUGCGCCAUGGGCGUCACCAAGACGUUCUUCAUCCUGGUGGCCACGUUCCUGAUCGACCGCGUCGGCCGGCGGCCCCUGGUGCUAUGCAGCACGGGCGGCAUGGUCGUCGCGCUCGUGGGCCUGGCCACGGGCCUCACCGUCGCGGGCCGGAACCCGGGCGGCGAGAUCCAGUGGGCCGUCGUGCUCUGCGUCGCCUCCGUCAUGGCUUACGUGUCCUUCUUCUCCGUCGGGCUCGGGCCCGUGACGGGCGUGUACACCACGGAGAUCUUCCCGCUGCGGCUGCGCGCGCUGGGCUUCGCCGUCGGGGCGGCGGGCAACCGCGUGAUCAGCGGCGUGAUCUCCAUGACCUUCCUCUCGCUUUCCAAUGCCAUCACCAUCGGAGGCUGCUUCUUCCUCUAUGCCGGCGUCACCGCGCUUGGGUGGGUCUUCUUCUUCAACUGCGUCCCCGAGACACGCGGCCGGACGCUCGAGGAGAUUGGGAGUCUGUUCGGCGCAACGGAUACGGGCAUGGAGGCAGAAGACGCUGCCCCCGAGAGAGAGACCGACAGCUGCAGAGCGAGGCUCUUGCCGGGCUCUUCGCCUGGGGUUUGAGUAGGUUGCGUGAGAAUUUGGGGCCGUGUAUCGUGAGAUGCCAACUGCACGUAACGUCCUUUCACCGGAAAAACAGAUGUUCGCUAUCUUCGAAAACCAGCAGGGGAGUGUGCGCCUGCACCCAAUUGUGCAU